CUCUACAGGCUGAUCCAACUUUGAUGUAACGUCUUCAAGUUUUUGUUUAACCUCUAACAUUUGGAGAAUAUCAUAUUGGUGGUGCUGUGCUUUUGCAAGUCAUGAUUAUUAUCUGACUGUGUUUUUCAGGAUGUGACGGUGACGCUCGACGUUCCCUUGGGCACUGUUAGUCGAGUUGAGAAAAUGGGUGGGGCAUCCAGCAGAGGUGAAAACUCAUAUGGCCUGGAUAUCACCUGCAAGGACAUGAGAAAUUUGAGGUUUGCAUUGAAACAGGAAGGCCACAGCAGACGAGAUAUAUUUGACCUCCUUUUUAAAUAUGCUUUCCCUCUCUCACACAGUCUGCCUCUGUUUGCAUACGUGACUCAGGAAAAAUAUGAAGAAAAUGGCUGGGAUGUUUACAAACCAAUGGAAGAGUUCAGACGCCAGGGCUUACCUAACAACAAGUGGCGUAUCACAUUAAUCAACAAGAACUACGAACUCUGCGACACCUACCCCACUGUGUUAACUGUACCAUUUAAAAGUAAAGAGGAGGACCUCAGAAGAGUUGCUAUGUUCAGGUCAAGAGGACGCAUACCGGUUCUCUCCUGGAUCCACAGGGAGAACCAGGCAGUGAUUGUCCGCUGCAGCCAGCCUCUAGUUGGCAUGUCGGGUAAAAGGAACAAGGACGACGAGCGCUACCUGGACCUGAUCAGGGAGGCAAACGACACCACAAAGCUUACUAUAUUUGAUGCCAGGCCAAGUGUCAAUGCAGUGGCUAACAAGGCAACUGGAGGAGGCUAUGAGGGUGACGAGUACCAAAAUGCAGAACUCGUUUUCUUGGACAUCCAGAAUAUCCACGUCAUGAGGGAGUCCCUGAAGAAGCUCAAAGACAUCGUUUACCCAAAUGUAGAAGAGUCACAUUGGCUUUCCAGUUUAGAGUCCACACACUGGCUAGAACAUGUAAAGCUGGUUUUGUCGGGAGCCAUCCAGGUAGCAGACAAGGUUUCCAGUGGGAACUCAGUGGUGGUUCACUGCAGCGACGGCUGGGACCGGACCGCGCAGCUCACCUCUCUGGCCAUGCUAAUGCUGGACAGUCACUAUCGCACCCUUAGAGGAUUCCAGGUGCUUAUUGAAAAGGAAUGGAUCAGUUUUGGACACAAGUUUGCCUCAAGAAUUGGUCACGGUGACAAGAACCACGCAGACCAGGACAGAUCACCCAUUUUUGUGCAGCUUAUUGACUGUGUGUGGCAGAUGUCUAGACAGUUUCCGACAGCCUUUGAGUUUAACGAGCGUCUUCUACUCACCAUCCUGGAUCAUCUCUACAGCUGUCGCUUUGGGACUUUCCUUUUCAACUGCGAGAAUGCUAGAGACCAGCAUGAGCUGAGGUCAAAAACGGUGUCUCUCUGGUCAAUGGUCAACAGUAAGCAGGACAUUUACCUAAACACAUUCUAUACCCCUGAGUCCGGCAGAGUGCUUUAUCCUGUCGCCAGCAUGCGCCAUCUAGAGCUCUGGGUGACAUACUACAUCCGCUGGAACCCCCGCAUACGGCAACAGCAGAGUCCGGUGGAGCAGCGGUACAAGGAACUGUUGACGCUCAGAGACGAGUACCUGAAGAAGCUCGAGGAGCUGCAAAUGUCCGAUUCCUCCCUCUCCUCUCAUUUGGUGAAUAGCUCCUCCACCAACUCCUCCUCCACCGCCUCCUCGACACCAUCGCAGCAUUAUACACACCUACAAACUCCAUUCUAAGGACUCGUGAACAACUCUCUAACUUUCUUGACUUGCACUUUUACCCACGUAUGCAGGGAAUCAAUUAACAUUGUGCUAACUGUGGCUGAUAACUGAUGAAGAUAAGAUUGGAUACAAUUUUUAACCCGGAAGUGCAGUGGUGGGUAGUGAUUUAUGCAAAAAAAAAAAGCAAAAAAAAAAAAAAAUCUCACAGUUACAGCCUUGUCACCGUAAGUCUCUCUUUACAGAUAUCCCUCCGAACAGUGAAGCCUUAAAGACAUUUGGUGGUUUUCAGAGUAAGGGCUGCAACCCAUGGGCAGGGUUGUGCUUCGUUGUUUGCACAGGCCAGAACAGGAAGCUAAACUGUUGGGGCGUCACGUUCAGAAAAACAGACGGUGAUGUUCAGGCAGCAGGUGUAAUAGGAAAAUGACGCAACACUGUCAAUGUCCUUUACUAGUGUUUGUUUACUUUUAAAAUUGAUCUCAGCGUCUUUGUGGUCUGCAACGCUAGCUUUCGAAAAAUAUGGAAAUAUUGAAUUUGGAAAAAUAACCCCAGCCAAAUAUCCACUUUUAAACUCUGAGAAAUACGAUAGGCUACUGUUGAAAAAAA